AAAAGGAAAAUAGAAAGCCUACAUCAAGGAUUCCCUCUUCGUCCCUUCAGCAUUCCCUCUCGUUUGUCCCCGCUGAAAGCGCAGAGAUCCAAUUCCUCUCAUCCACCUUCUCCGAUUCCGAUUCUUACCGACUUCUUUUCGCUUUCCCCUCCGCUGUUCGAUUCCUUGGUUGCUGUCUCCGGCGAGGGAGGAGGAGUAGGAGGGGCCGAUUUCGUGGAGUCGUGCUCUAAGCGGUAUGGUUCAGUUGGCGAAUUUCGGAACUCUCCGGCCGGAAUCGGAGCUGCCGAGCAAGGAGCCGGCGCCGCCGCCGGUGAAGUUGGAGAUCGAAGACCCGUUGGAUGAGCAGCAUGGGCCUCUCAACAAGAGAUCCAAGAUUACCGCUCCUCUUCAGCAGCAGCAGAACACAAGUGCAAAUAUGGUCUUACCACAUGCUCUGCAGUGUAAUUUACUUAACGAGCCAAGUCCAUUGGGACUGCGCUUGAGGAAGAGCCCUUCUUUAGUGGAUUUGAUUCAGAUGAGGCUUUCUGAAGCCAAUACAAGUGGAGAGAGUUCUGAUGUUGGAAAAAAGAAGGUUUCUGGGUGUAUUGGUGCUUCAUCCACUACUGACAAGAUGAAGGCUUCAAACUUUCCUGCUUCCCUUUUGAGAAUAGGGACUUGGGAGUAUGCAUCAACAUAUGAAGGCGAUUUAGUAGCAAAGUGUUAUUUUGCAAAACACAAGCUUGUGUGGGAAAUUCUCGAUGGUGGUCUGAAGAGCAAGAUUGAGACCCAGUGGUCAGAUAUUACAGCUUUGAAGGCAACUUGCCCUGAAAAUGGGCCAGGGACCUUGGACAUAAUGUUGGCUAGGCAGCCUCUUUUCUUCAGAGAGACUAAUCCACAGCCUAGGAAGCAUACUCUAUGGCAGGAAACUUCAGAUUUCACUGGUGGGCAAGCAAGCAUACACAGGAGGCAUUGUCUACAGUGUUCACAAGGCUUGUUAAGCAAGCAUAUUGAGAAGCUUAUCCAAUGCGAUCCACGUCUAUAUGCAUUGAGUCGGCAGCCAAAUAUUAUUUUAGAAAAUCCAUACUUUGAACCAAGAUGCUCUGUUUUUGAGGACCAAGUUGAAUCUGAAUGCCAUGGUUUCGGUAAUCUAAGGAAUGCUUACGGAUCCCCAGUGCAAGGAUUUCAAGAGUCUGUAUCACCUCGUUCUAGUUCAUCAAUAACCAUUAAGAGUGAAGUAAAGAAUCCUAUUGGUAGGGCAGCAGAUGUUGUGGCACAGGACACUUGUUCACCUAGCUCAGUGAUGGACACUCGGGUGAUUGAAGAGAUUGCUACUAGGGAAACUAAAGAGUUCAAGGAUCCUGGCCACUGGGAUCAGUUCAAAGUGCCUGGGAUAUGGCCAUCCAUGUCCAUGAGUGAUUUAGUAAACCAUAUAGGGCAUUGCAUUUCCGAACAGAUUAAUUCAGGCAAUCCACUAUUAGCUGGUGAUGGUCUACCAACCAAAGAUGUGCUGGAAGAGAUAACCCAAUACCUCAGUGAUUCCCAGAUUUCAUCCACUUCUGAUGAAAAUUCCCUCAUGUUGAAUUUCAAUUCUCUUUGCUGUCUGAUUCAGAAGGAUGGAGGCACAGCUCAAAGCCUGCAGAUAAACAAUGGCGACAAUGCUGCAGGUGAUGGUGUCACAGAUAACGCUUCAAAGCCAGGUUCAACAUCUGAGAGGAAGCCAUUGUUUGAUUUUCCAGCUACUUCAAAGCUAGGUUCAACAUCCGAGAGGAAGCCAUUGUUUGAUUUUCCAGCUACAGAGGGAGAGUCUAACGAUGCUUCUGGCUGCAAGCAGCAAGCGAACAUCUCCAGAAAAGAAUCAUUUGGAGAGCUGCUGAUGCAUCUUCCUCGCAUUGAUUCAUUGCCUCAAUUCUUGUUCAACAUUUCAGAAGAUGCUGAAAACGAAGCCAGAUAAUGCAACUGAAAAUCUGUCAAGUAAAAUUACAAGAAGUCUCUCAUUCUGCGCCCGUUCUCCUUUUCUCUGUAGUGUAUACAGAGCAAUGUAGGUAGAGUGUCAAUGUUCAAAUAUUGAUGAUGUGAUAAACUUCACAUCAUUGGAUAAUGGUGUAAUUUGCUGGAGUAUUGUUUCUGUAUGCUGAUGUGAAAAUUUAUCCUUUAGGAGCCUUAUGUCUUCAUGUAAAUUAUGCUCGGAAUAUCAAAUUGAGAUGCUCCUUUUAAUGCUUAUGUUCUGGUUUAUUUCA